AUGCGCGUGUCCCUCGAUCGCAUCCUCCUCCUCCUCUUCCUCGCCCUCACCCCCGCCAACGCCAUCGGCCUCUCAUGUAUCAAAGUCGCCUCCGCCCUCGUCGGCCGACCAGGCCACCUCUUCAACCUCUUCCAGACCGAAAUCUGUGAACGAGGCUGCCAACCAACCAUCCCGCACUGGGACCUCUGGACUCGCAACAACAGCUUUGUCCCCGCCGUACGCAGCCUCAUGAAGCGCAUGAACGUGCCCCACCGAGAAGAAGCCCUACUCAAGAUGGGCGAUGAUGUCGCAACUAUCAUCAAAGAUCAAUGCGGACCGAUGCUGGGUGGGCGACACAUUUGCUCGGACCCGGUGACGCUGGCGGACUUUGGAAACUGCUUUAAGCGCUACUUCUUUAAGGCGUCGGUUAAGCAUAUUCCGAUUUUGUUGCCUAUGGCUUCAGAGGCGGCGUGUAAGGAGCAAUAUCAGUAUCUACAGGGGGAUGAGUUGUGGGAUGUGACUAUUCCGAAUAAUAUGCGUGAGUAUGCUAGCGUGUGCAAUCAGUUGGAGAAGAAGCCGAGGCUGGAGGAGAAUACAGAGGAGGAAGUUAAGCAUGAGGAGUUGUAA